GUCGGUACCAUGAAGUGGAUGUUCAAGGAAGACCAUUCGCUGGAACACAGGUGUGUGGAGUCCGCAAAAAUCAGAGCCAAGUAUCCAGAUCGGGUUCCGGUUAUUGUGGAAAAGGUUUCAGGUUCCCAGAUUGUAGAUAUCGAUAAACGGAAGUACCUGGUUCCAUCCGACAUUACAGUGGCCCAGUUCAUGUGGAUAAUCAGAAAACGGAUUCAGUUGCCAUCAGAGAAAGCAAUCUUCUUGUUUGUAGACAAGACUGUGCCCCAGUCUAGCCUAACAAUGGGACAACUCUACGAAAAAGAAAAAGACGAGGAUGGAUUCUUAUAUGUGGCCUACAGUGGAGAGAACACAUUUGGUGUUUGAGUCUAGUUACAGCCAGUGAAUCUUGUAAAUAUAGGUGGUUUUGUUUUAACACCACACAUAAACUCCCAUCCAUUAGGAAACACUUCUAAAACUGGAUACAUUUCAGUAAUGCACAUGUCUUGGUAUUCAUGUUUGUGUUUAGGCUAGUAAAUUAAGAUAAUUUAAUUAUUAUUAUUAUUAUUAUUUUCUUGUUCUGUCAUUUAACAUUGCUGCUUAAAGGGUAUUGUGACAGUUCCUUUAGCAGCAGUUAUAUUAUGCCAUUUACACAUAAUGGAAAGUGUGAUUUGAGUAAAUGAACAUUGUAUGUUUUAUUCAGAAUACUCCUGGAUUCAUUUUAGGCCUGCUUUCAUAGGACUCAUAAGAAUAUACGCCAUUAAUCAGUAACCGUCCUCUUACUGCUAUGUAACAGUCCAACUUUACAAAAUCCAUCAAAUAAAUGUACAUUAUUAUCAUACAAUAAAAUGUUCUGUGUGA